CACAUGCGCAGUCGCUUAUUCUACUCUAGACAGCUGUAGGAGAAAAUGGCAGCACACAUGCUAGGACAGCAGGUCCGCCAGCUCAGCACGUCUGUGGUCAGACCUGCAGCAAAAUUGAUUAAGCCUCCCAUCCAGGUGUAUGGUGUGGAGGGCCGCUAUGCCACUGCUCUGUUCUCAGCUGCCAGUAAGCAGAACAAACUGGACCAAAUGGAGCAGGAGCUGGGGAAAGUUUCUGCCAUGAUCAAGGACCCCAAGCUCUCCAGUAUUGUCAUGAAUCCUCAUGUAAAGCGCAGCAUCAAGCAGAAGACCUUUGGUGAUGCUCUUGCAAAAGCUAAGGUUUCACCCAUGACCAGCAACCUCAUCAAUGUUUUGGCCGAAAAUGGUCGCCUGACUCUUACUGGUGAUGUAAUCGCUGCUUUUGGCAAGAUGAUGAGUGCACACCGUGGAGAGGUCAUCUGCUCCGUCAUUACUGCUCAGCCUUUGGAUGCAGCCAAUCUUGCUGAACUGAAACUAGCUCUCAAUGGCUUUCUUCAGAAGGGUGAAACCAUCAAACUGGAAACAAAGUCGGAUCCUUCAAUCCUGGGUGGCAUGAUCGUCAGUAUCGGAGACAAGUAUGUGGACAUGUCCACCAAAACUAAGAUUCAGAAGCUGACCAAGCUCAUCAAGGAAGCUUAAGUCCCAUGGACUUAAUUUUGCAUAUUGGAGGCGACCGUCAGGGGAAACGCUGAUAAAUGUAUAUUGCUACUUGUUCUAGCACUGCAGUUGCUCCAUGAAUCCAGUAUCUGUACCUAAGUUCAUAUGGAUGUUAAUAAAAAGAACAAAAAUUGAGAAGGC